AUGUCGCUCGAUCAGAUUUACAAUCGAGUGCUACUCUUCAGCAACCCUGUAUGGAGCGGCGCCAACACCGUGCCGAGCACAAUCAUCCGGAACAUCACAACCUUCAAUGAUACCCUUGGAUAUGUCGAUACGUUGAGAACAAACCUAACUACUCUGACCCGAACGAACUUGCAGACCCGAAACGGCAUCAUCCGCGGCCUCCUCUACGUCCCGGAGAUUUCGGAAGCGAAUCCAUGCUACGAACAGCAAUACGAUCUGAUCCCGCGAAAUGUCACCACGCGAGAACAGCUGCCCCCGCCCAUGUACAACCUCAUUGCACUUGCGCCCUGGUUUAACUCUACAUGCACCAAGGCAUACCUAGCCGCUGCUCGCCUCGAUCCCAUUCGGGCGUUCAUAUUCUACCGCCCCAACAAUUCCACAAGAGAACCUCAAGGCGUCAAUUCUCCGAUAUGGGAUCUCGAAGAUGGCGGCACCUGGCAUUCCCAGAAUCACUUUCCUGUCUUUGCAGUCCCGGGCUCGGAAGGCUCGAAGAUGAUGAAACAGCUCAGUCUGUACUCUGGAGACCCGUCCACGAUACCGUUUGCCGAAGAAGUCCAAGCCGAACACGACCCGAAUCCUCGAGAUUAUAUACGAGUAUGGACCGAAUUGACGAUAACCGACCAACAGAAUCUGCCAGCCAUGUGGACCUGGAUCUUGAUCGUCGUAGGCGCCCUGCUCUUCAUCAUCGCAUGCGUCUCCGUCACCAUGCAUCUCGUGCAACGACAAAGGCGGGCUUCGUUGCGGCGCCGCGUCAUCAGCAGAGAGGUUGACCUAGAAGCAAUGGGAAUCAAGCGAAUGGCGGUGCCACCUGCUCACAUCCGAGAGUUCCCCCUCUUUACGUACAGUUAUCAGCCAGAAGUCGCCAGCGCGCCCUCGACACCACUGGCAACCCGGUCUCUGCGAUCACCACGAAGCGUACGAACCGACCAACGAGCCAUUUCCGAUGUCAUGUCGAGCUCGCGCACUCGGCGAUCUAGCCUAACAAGCUCUGCGAACACCAUCGCCACCAACUACCAACCACAAUGCCACAUCUGCCUGGAGCAGUACGAGGACCGUGUGUCCGUUAUUCGCGAGCUACCCUGUGGACACAUAUUCCAUCCCGAGUGCAUCGACGAAUUUCUAGCCAUCAACAGCUCAUUAUGUCCCAUCUGCAAGAAGAAUAUGCUACCACGCGGAUACUGCCCGAAGAUUUCGAACGCCAUGGUGCGGCGCGAGCGUGCCAUUCGACGGCUGCGCUCGCGUGUGAUUCUGGAUGACUCGGACGAUGAGGGCGGCGAGGAAAAGCACGGAAGGUGGGGGAAAUGCCCGAGCAAAUCGGACGUGGUACUCAGGCCAUCCUCAUCACCGGCGGACGCGGCACAACAACCGCCAUCCACGCAGCGGACACUGGAGACGACGCAGGAAGAACCUGCAGAAGAUUCGGUCGACCCGCAAGGCGAUGGCCUAGCCCAUCGCUCGACAUUACAGACCCCACAGCCGGCCGCUGCAGCGCACCACUCGUCACGGAAAGCGAAGCGCAGGAAGAAGCCACGGGAUUUACAGCUGCAGGCGCCUCAACCUGGGGAGCAGCCACUCGAGCCCCGGCAGGUCGAGGGUCGAAAGAGUCCGUCGGCUUUGGCGCGUCAGCGCAUGCGCACACUAGCUGGCACGCCUCUGGAUGACCCCGACGGGCGGCGUCCUGUGUGGCGAAAGGCGUUUACAAAGGUGUUCCCGGGAUUUACAUAG